GAAGAGAGUGCAGUAACAGCAGUGGCAGUAGCAGGAUUAUAGCGUGUAAGCACAUCUGCUGCCUGUGCUGGAAUAUGGUGCAUCUACUGUAUGACAGGACUGCUGCACAUCUCCACUGAUCCUCCGCUGAUACCUCCGGAGCUGUCCUUUUACUGCAGUGCUGAACGUCCUGAGUCAUGCCCGACACGUGCUGGAUAUAAAACCUUGGCUUGGCACAGUGGAUUAUGAUUUAUUCUGCCCGGACACUUAUUAUACAGAAUUUGUACCAAAAUAGGUUCCUCGGCCUGGCUGCCAUGGCUUCUCCUUCGAGGAACUCUCAAAAUAGGCGCCGGUGUAAAGAACCUCUAAGGUACAGCUACAAUCCUGACCAGUUUCAUAACAUGGACAUCAGGAAUGGCCCUCAUGAAGGAAUAACCAUACCACGGUCUACCAGUGACACCGACCUCGUCACUUCGGAUAGUCGGUCAACAUUGAUGGUCAGCAGCUCCUAUUAUGCUAUUGGACACUCCCAGGACCUGGUUAUCUACUGGGAUAUUAAAGAGGAAGUGGAUGCAGGGGAUUGGAUUGGCAUGUAUCUAAUUGAUGAAGUGCUGUCUGAAAACUUUCUGGAUUACAAGAACCGUGGUGUGAAUGGCUCUCACAGGGGGCAGAUAGUCUGGAAGAUUGAAGCCAGCUCUUACUUUGUGGAACCUGAAACAAAGAUCUGCUUUAAGUAUUAUCAUGGAGUGAGUGGAGCUCUACGUGCUACAACUCCCAGUGUUACUGUGAAGAAUCCUUCUGCCCCUGUCUUCAAAAACAUCAACAACGAAGAUACAUCUCAUGGGCAAGGAAGCCGUAGGCUCAUCAGUUUUACUCUAUCAGAUUUCCAAGCUUUGGGGUUAAAGAAAGGAAUGUUCUUCAAUCCAGACCCAUACCUAAAAAUUUCUAUCCAGCCUGGUAAACACAGCAUCUUUCCAGCACUCCCGCACCAUGGCCAAGAAAAAAGGUCAAAAAUUAUAUGCAACACCGUCAAUCCUGUUUGGAAAAGAGAAUUGUUUAGCUUUGUAUCUCUUCCGACUGAUGUCUUGGAAAUUGAAGUGAAGGAUAAGUUUGCAAAAAGUCGACCAAUUAUCAAACGAUUUUUGGGCAAGCUAUCCAUGCCAGUUCAGCGACUCUUGGAAAGACAUGCAAUUGGGGAUCGUGUUGUUAGCUACACCUUAGGACGCCGGCUGCCAACAGAUCAUGUCAGUGGACAGCUGCAGUUUCGAUUUUCAAUAACAUCUUCUAUACAUCCUGAUGAUGAAGAAAUGUCCAUCACUGCAGAUCCUGACCCUGUUCCAAAUGAAAGUCCACUGCGCCACCCAGUGGAAGUUCUCUCUAAUGAGCCCCAGCGAAGGACAUCAGUUGCCACUGAAAACCCAACAUCAGAGUUGCCAAAUGAAUGCAUUUCUAGAAGUGGCCAUGAUAAGCACCCAGCCAUUGACAGCAGAUCACUAAGUCAACAUAGUUUACAUAAGACACCACUCACAAGUACAUGUGCUGCAGCUCUUCUAGCCAGUGCAACAGAAAAAGAAAAUGACCCUUCUGAAGUAAGCGUUCCAGAUCCUGAGCAGGAACCAGCAUUAUCUAUUGAGUCUGAAACCAAAGUAGAGAGUUCUGCUGAAUCCAGGACUGAUAAUGAAAACAGCACUGGUGUAAUACAUGCAGAGGAAGCUAGCUUUGCAAUGGAAACAGACAAGCAUGAAGAGAAACAUGAAGAAGAGACCCAAGACAGCAGCCAGCAUCAGGAUAGUGAACCAAAGUUGAGAAAUACAGUAAAGAGAAAAAACAGACCAUGUUCUCUUCCUGUGUCUGAGCUGGAAACAGUUAUUGCUUCAGCUUGUGGAGAACCUGAAACACCUCGUACACAUUACAUAAGGAUUCAUAACUUGUUACAUAGUCUACCUUCUGCUCAGCUGGACAGAGAUGGAGAAGAAGAAGAAGAAGAAGAAGAAGAAGAUCAGAAUAGUGCAGAUAUUGAUGAAGAGUCAACAGUAAAGGAGGCAUCAGAGAAGGACAUUGUGAGCGAAACAGAAACUAUGGCAGCUGAUCCUUCUCUUGACAUUGUAGCCGAUGAAGGUGAUGAUCUAGAAAAUAGUAGAAGUACUUUACCCCAUGAUAUGUCUUCUGAUCACCUUCCUGUUUGCAACCAUCUCUGUUUAGAUGAAGAACACCCUAGGACUGAAAGUGAAAGUGAAUCUAGUCCAAGGGUUCAUGGGGACCAUGACUGUGACACUUGUGACACCUCAUGCUAUAGCACCUCCUGUUAUAGCACUUCUUGCUACAGUACCUCUUGUUAUAGUCCUUCCUGUUAUGAUAGUCAUAACCGUUUUUCCAGUCACACACGUUUCUCUUCUGUGGACAGUGCCAGAAUUUCUGAAAGUACUGUUUUCUCCUCUCAAGAUGAUGAUGAGGAGGAAAAUAGCGCAUUUGAAUCAAUGCCUGAUUCUAAUCAGAGCCCAGAGCCUGACCGGGAACAUGGUGAUGGCUCCAUUCAAUGGUCUGAUGAUCUAUCUAGUCAGAGUAUUACUUCAGAGAGGACUUCUGGUGCCCCUGAAUCUCCAGUUGCAGGGCCAAGCAGUAGGAGAGAAGGUGAAUGUCCUUUGCCACAUAAUGCCACUCCUGUUAGUCAGUUACCUUCUCUCCGGACAGAUCACCAUCAUUACCCCACCAUUGAUGAGCCGCUGCCACCAAACUGGGAGGCUCGUAUUGAUAGCCAUGGAAGAGUAUUCUAUGUGGACCAUGUGAAUCGCACCACAACAUGGCAGAGACCUACAACAGCUGCAACACCAGAUGGAAUAAGUAGAUCUGGGUCCAUCCAGCAAAUGGAGCAAUUAAACCGAAGGUAUCAAAAUAUACAGAGGACUAUUGCAACCGAGAGGCCGGAGGAAGAAGCUGAUGGAAGAAAUGAUAGAAUUCCUGGGAUUGGGGAUUCUGAAACUGACUUGUCACAACCAAAUUCAGAGCUAAGAAGAGAUGCAACGUUAACACCUAUAAAUUCCCAGAAAAUUACCUUAUUAUUGCAGUCCCCAGCUGUCAAGUUUAUAACACACCCUGAAUUUUUUACCGUGCUGCAUGCAAACUAUAGUGCCUACAGAGUCUUCACUAACAGCACCUGCUUGAAGCACAUGGUUCUGAAAAUCCGCAGGGAUGCCAGGAAUUUUGAACGCUAUCAGCACAAUAGGGACCUGGUGAACUUUAUUAAUAUGUUUGCUGACACAAGGCUUGAGCUGCCGCGUGGCUGGGAGAUUAAAACAGACCAACAAGGAAAGUCUUUCUUUGUAGAUCAUAACAGUCGAGCAACAACAUUCAUUGAUCCACGGAUCCCUCUUCAAAAUGGCCGCCUACCAAAUCACCUGACACACAGACAGCAUCUUCAGCGACUUCGAAGCUAUAGCGCUGGGGAGGCUUCAGAAGUGUCAAGAAACAGAGGGGCUUCUCUGCUAGCCCGGCCGGGAAAUGGUUUGGUAUCAGCAAUCAGAAGCCAACAUCCACAGGAAACAGUACCAUUAGCUUAUAAUGACAAGAUUGUUGCCUUUCUGCGACAGCCAAACGUAUUUGAAAUGCUACAGGAACGCCAACCCAGUUUAGCAAGAAAUCAUGCACUCAGGGAGAAGAUUCACUACAUUAGAACAGAGGGCACUCACGGACUUGAGAAAUUGUCUUGUGAUGCUGAUUUAGUUAUUCUUUUAAGCCUUUUUGAAGAAGAUAUCAUGUCAUACAUCCCACUACAGGCAGCCUUCCAUCCGGGAUACAGCUUUUCCCCUCGCUGUUCUCCGGGCUCCUCCCCUCAGAACUCCCCAGGGCUUCAGCGUGCUAGUGCAAGGGCUCCUUCCCCAUACAGAAGAGAUUUUGAAGCCAAGUUAAGAAACUUCUAUAGAAAACUUGAAGCAAAAGGAUAUGGGCAAGGUCCAGGGAAAAUUAAGCUUAUUAUACGGCGUGAUCAUCUUUUGGAAGGCACGUUUAACCAGGUUAUGGCUUACUCCCGCAAAGAGCUUCAGCGAAACAAGUUAUAUAUCACAUUUGUGGGAGAGGAGGGCCUGGAUUACAGCGGUCCUUCAAGAGAGUUCUUCUUCCUUCUCUCCCAGGAGCUCUUCAAUCCGUACUAUGGUCUAUUUGAGUAUUCAGCAAAUGAUACAUACACUGUGCAAAUUAGUCCAAUGUCUGCAUUUGUGGAAAACCAUCUUGAAUGGUUUCGGUUUAGUGGGCGAAUACUUGGCCUAGCUCUUAUUCACCAGUAUCUUCUGGAUGCCUUCUUCACAAGACCGUUUUAUAAGGCUCUUCUGAGGCUUCCAUGUGAUCUCAGUGAUCUGGAAUACUUGGAUGAAGAGUUCCACCAGAGUUUACAGUGGAUGAAGGACAAUGACAUCACAGACAUUUUGGACCUGACAUUUACGGUCAAUGAGGAAGUGUUUGGUCAGGUCACAGAGAGAGAGCUGAAGUCUGGAGGAACAAACAUACAAGUAUCAGAAAAGAAUAAGAAGGAAUAUAUAGAAAAGAUGGUGAAAUGGCGAGUGGAACGGGGAGUGGUUCAACAAACUGAAGCCCUUGUACGGGGUUUUUAUGAGGUUGUUGAUUCAAGACUGGUGUCAGUAUUUGAUGCAAGGGAGCUGGAGCUGGUCAUUGCAGGCACUGCAGAAAUAGAUCUCAUUGACUGGCGUAAUAAUACAGAGUACCGCGGAGGUUACCAUGAUGGACACAUUGUCAUCCGGUGGUUCUGGGCAGCUGUGGAGAGGUUUAACAAUGAACAGAGGUUACGACUCUUGCAGUUUGUCACGGGAACAUCCAGCGUGCCAUAUGAAGGAUUUGCAGCUCUGCGAGGAAGCAAUGGACUCAGGCGCUUCUGUAUAGAGAAAUGGGGGAAAAUAACAGCUCUUCCAAGGGCGCACACAUGCUUCAAUCGCCUGGAUCUUCCACCGUACCCAUCUUAUUCUAUGUUACAUGAGAAGUUGUUGAUAGCAGUCGAGGAGACAAGUACCUUUGGACUUGAAUGAGCAGAUGAAAGAACUUUUCCUGACUUGACUCCACCUUCCUAUUCCACAGACACAGGUUGUCGUUGUGGUCUUGUUUUCACAUUUCAUUUUUAUUUAUUUAUUUUUAUUUACUUCCUUUGGCGUUCUUGUUACAAAAGAAGCUACUUAUAAACAUGCAUGGGGAACUGGUUCCCUCCAAGAUCUUAUCUUUGUGCUUUCCUCCUCCAGUUUCAGCAAUCUACAAAGCCGUAUGCAAUAUAAAAAAAUAACAACUGGACUCGAGGCUCUGUAUAUCUGUGCAUACCUUCCAAAUAAAGUUAAACACAGCUGCAUAUUGCAACGCUCUGACCUAACCUUUGACUGCGUCUCUGAUCAAGAUGUAUCCCAUAGUUUAUGGUCUUGUAAUGCUGCAUUUUUCAACAAAUACACAAAGCAAAU